AUGGAAUUUAACGAAAGCCCUCUUUUUCUUCAAAUGAAUCCUUUUGAAAUGGUUACAUCAAAAAAUCUUCCGAUUACUGUUUAUGAAUCAAUAAUUGAUAUCAUUGAAGGACAGGCUCACACUUUAUUCAUUAAGUCGCAAUAUAAGAUUGAGACUGGUGAGGCUGAACGCAUCGCUGUCGAUCAUGUUGCACAUACAACUCUUGGAGAGGGUGGUGAAGGUUCUUCUCAGGAAACACCCGUCGAUCACGAUAUUCUUCGUCAAAUUGCUGGCCUUUGUAAUCGCAUGCCAACUAUUGAUAGUACUGAUUUUAAGCAAGAAUUUCUCACGGAAUAUAAUGAUGUUUUAUUGACGACGUAUUUAGCAACUAUAACUAAAGGCACGAAUUCUAUAAAUGAGACAAGUUCAACAUUGCGAAUAGUACCAACAGACCUGGAGGACGAGGCCGUCACCAACAGCAUCAAGGCUUUCCUAAUUUCUGAACCAAUAAUUAUUUACUAG